AUGGGAUUUCAAGGUGCAGUCAGGGACCAGUGGGUGUCCAGUUUGGUGGCCGCAGAGUUGCAUCUCUGGACGGUGACCUGAUGUGCACAGAGCAGGUUUGAGGCCGAGUGGGAUGAGAAUCAGCACUUCCAAAUCUGAGACCACGGUCCUCUGUCAGAAAACGGAGGAUUGUCCCCUCUUGGUCAGUGAAGAGUUACUGCCCCAAGUGGAGGAGUUUAAGUAUCUCGGGGUCUUGUUCACGAGUGGGGUUAGUUGGAGCAUGAGAUCGAAAGACGGAUUGGGGCGUCUGAUGAUUAUUGGAGGCUGUACCCGACCAUUGUGGUGAAGAAGGAGCUGGGCUAGAAGACAAGACACUUGAUUUACUCUCCUAUCCUCACCUACGGUCAUGAACUUUGGCUGUGAGCAGCAGAGAUGACGGAGAGUUUAAAGACUCGGUUCGAGUUCCCCAGUCCUGUCAUUCAAGCCCAGACGGUGAGAAGUCUGGUUGCUGCUGUGCUGAAGGAAAAAGGGCGACUUGGACAAAUCACCCAGUCCUCCCCUCAGGGUCCGGCAUGGAGGCUCUGUGGCAGCAGUGCUGCAGUGACUCUGCUGUGGUAUGUUCGACUUGCUGCGAUGCCUUAGUACUGCUGGUGGAUCAGGAUCAUGCAGCUCUGCAGUAUGUCCUCAACAACGCCCUUAACCUCCUGCCCUCUGCCAGAAAUGUUCAGGGGCUGCUGAAGGUCACUGGCCGGCUGCUGCAGAUGCAGGUGGAGCAGCGAGACAGAAAGACCCGCUUCACGUGUCCGUACUCCAUCAGGACCAACCCUCAUCCAUAUAUCACGGCCCUGGAGAACCGUGUGGACUGCUGGCCAGCUUUGCUGCUCGAGAUCGACAACUUCAUUCAUCAGGUUGCAGACAGGAUGGACGAGGCCUACAUCGACAUGCUGGAACCCUUCCUGCGUUACCUGUACUGUGACCCUCAGAGGCGACCUCAGCACGCCUUGUUCCGCCUCAGUCUCCUUGGCGUGCUGCUGCACAUUCGCCAGGGUGCCGAUUGUCAGCAGCAGAAGGUUUCAGUGUCUCCGGUGUCGGAUCAUCUUCUUCGCUGCCUCUGCCGGCUGGUUCCACACAUGCAGGUUGACAGCGUGGAGGAGGUUCUGGAGCUGAGCGGGUUUGUCGACGCCUUGCUCGGGGGCCUCGUGACAACCUCUGGGGCGCGCUGGAGGACUGAGAGAGUCCAGCUCGCUCUCCAGCUGCUCUGCGUCUGCCAGCGCUGCCUGAAGCUGAACGCAGACUGCCGACCGCUGCUGCGUUCGAUCCAGCAGCUUCUGCCCACCUACCCACAGGAUCUGCCGGAGGCGGAGCUGUUGAUGGGCGUGGCUUCUCUUCUCCUGGAAGCUCCUGCAGAUCAGCAGACCGGCCUGCUCAAUCUGGCACUGACUUUGGUCCCUGAGCAGGCAGACCUUGUACCCUGGUUAAGUCCAGUCUUGGUCCUUCCUGUGGUCCAACUCCUGACCUGUGCAGGCCUUACGGAGGCGGUGGCGGACCGUCAGACGCACAGCGUGAACCAGAGCUUGACUGAGAGUCUGCUCCGUCGCAUCAGCGGACCCACAGCGGCUCGCCCACAGGCUGCUCCGGUAUUGGCUCUACCACUCACUUCCUGGUAUAGUGAGUUGAGCGCGGCUCUGUCUACGCUGCAGAAGGUGUCGGACGACCCAGCGGCUGCUUGUGAUUGGUUGCUGUCAGUUAGCUCCGCCCUGUUGACCAGCCAGCGCCUGCCUUCUUUCAUCACCCUCAUUGUGACCCAUCUCCUGCUCACAGGGCAGGAAGACGUCUGCCGGCUCGCUUUGACGAUGACCCAGUCCAUCGCUGCAGCCGACCCCUGUCAGGUUCCCUCCCUCCUUCUUGUUCUGGUCUUCAAACUGGGGAAGGAAAAGAAUCCGGUCCUGGCUCACGCUGUGAUAGGCUGCCUGCCAAACCUGGCGACCCAUAAGCUGUGUGUCCCAGUGGUUCUGCAGACACUUCACCUGCUGGCUAGCACCCCCGAGCUGCGACCUGUGGUGAUGCGCUUGAUGACGACCUUCUGGAAGAAACAGGCUCGAGUUUAUCCAGACCUGCAGCGUCUGCUGGCUCAACCGGACUGCGGCGUAACGUUGGGGAGGGAAAGUCGCUGGGAGCAGAUUCUGGCUCGUGCCGCCUGCAUCAGAGACAUCUGCCGACAGAGGCCGUACCAGCACGGAGGCGACAUGUUAGCUGCUAUCACACAAACUCUGGACCACUGCUCCGGACCCGAGCUGGCAACUCCAGCCGCGCUCGUGCUGCAGGGACUGCAGGAGCUGUGUCGGGCCGAGGUUGUGGACAUCAUUUCGACAUGGAGGAGUCUGGGCCCUCAGCUGAGAUGUGAUUCGCGGCUGCUGGUGAUCCAAGCUGUGGCGGAGCUUCUGGCUCUGGUUCCACAGCUGACGGUCCAGUCGGAGCAAUACGAGAAACUGAAAGAGGAGGUGGUCAGCUUUCUCUGGAAUUACGCAACGAGCAAGGAUCCAGAGGUGUCCAGCUGCGGUUUCAGAGCUUUGGCUCAUUUCCCUGAAGUGGUCCAUACGACGUCUGUCCUUCCUGAGGCCGUAAGACUUCGUCCCACGCAUUCAGCUCAUGUCUUACUGUCUGAGGCUCGACCACCUUCUAAGGUUCCUGACAAUGAAGAAGAGGAGGACAAAGAUCUGUCCAUCCCAGGUUCUUCUUAUGUGAAGCUGAUGGUUCUCACCACUGGCUCUGUUCUUCCAGCUUUCGAGCUCUUCUUGACGUCACUGGUGAAGCAGGAGAUGAGCCAGAUGCCUCGGGGGGUCUACUUCUCGGCCCUGCGAGGGGUGACGCUGCGUUCCGACCAGGGGAAAACGAUGGCAGGAAUCCCAUCAUUCAUGUUGAAGACCUACGAGAAGAACAACCAGCCCGGCCUGAAACCUGGACUAGCAGCCGGCCUGUUGCUGUGUUACGACCUUCCUGUGCAGACUGACCGUAACGGCCGGCCCAUGGAGCGGUUCAUGGUUAGCCGCAGCCACGGUUUCCAGCAGACUCUGACCGGCCUGAUUCACGAGGUGAACAUCCAGCCGUCCGAGUGGCACCAGGCUCUACUUUUACCUCAGGCCUGGAGGGGCUUCAUGAGCCGAACGUUUCAUGCCGUGCUGCAGGGUCGUCGUGCUGAUUUGGAAAUGCAGCAGAAACGAGGAAAAGAGGAUCCAGAGGAGCUUCAGUACAAACAGCACUGUGCCUGGCUGUGGACCAGAGAUCAGCUGGCAGAUGUCAUCAAAGCUGCUACAAAGGACAGUCCUGUUGUCCAGGGUAACUGCAUCCUCGCUCUCAGCGGCCUCACCGCCAUCGUUGUCAAAUAUGAGAAUAACCUGCCCAGUGAUAACGACGUCGGGCUCGGGGCUGGACCAGAGUUUGUCCCCACAGCCACCUGGGUGACCAUCGUGGUCAACACGUUGCUCAGCAUCAUCAGCAACAGCUACAAGACCAAAGGACAGGUUUUCUCCUGGUUCCUACAUCGCUCCUACUCUAGUGAGAACACGGCGAGUGCCAUAGCUCGCUCGUGUGCCAGCCUGGCAUUGUCGCUGCUGGUUCCAGUACUAGUGGUGUGGCAGCAGGACAGUCUCGUCCAGGUCCUCUCAGUGCUCCGUGAUGGCCUGCCAGGCUCGCCCAACGCAGACGACUCCCAGGCUGUCCAGUUUCACUCGGGUCUGGCACUCGGCAUGGUGGUGUCCAGCCUGCACCACCAAUGCCUCAGUGACGUCUCUGUUCAGAAGGAUGCUGAUCUGCUGACCAGCUCCCUGGAAGCUCUGGAAAGCUGCUCCUUCAACCCAAACCUGGAGUACAACACUGGUUGCAUGCUGGGUCUGGGUCUGGUACUUGCUUCCCUCUGCUACAGUCAGCAGGUGGCCCAACAGGUUCAAGUCACCCAAACCCUCGACAAACUGCUGUCCACCCUGCAGGACGACAGCAGCCAGGGUCGCAUGGUGCAGGAGGUGUUGGCCUACUCUGUGGCGUGUGUGGGCGUGUCCGCCUUCAGCGGAGGACUAAUUGAUGCCACCAAGGCUGAUGACAUCAUGAACACUCUGCGAACGCUGACUGAGGAAAGCCAGCAGAGUCCAGGCCUGUCCCUGGCUCUGGGAUUGUUGAUCCAUGGUCUAGCAACUUGUGGACACGGUAAAGCAGAGGACAUCCACCCUCGUCUGCUGGCUGCCUGGAUCAAGAUCUUAUUGGCUGAGGGUUGUCCCACAAUGCAGCGGCUGGCUGCUGUCAACGGCCUGGUGGCGUUAGUGGGAUCUGAGACUUACCUCAUUCAGCUGAAGACCGAACUGGAGCCGUCCUCACAGCAGCAGAACAGACUGAACGAGGUCAUUCGCUCAGUCACUGAGAUUAUAACCUUCUCUGGGGCCAUCGGUUUGCAGUCCAACAGCGCCUGUUUGGUGGCUCACUUGUAUCUGGCCCACAUGUCCACCCGUCACACUCGCACAGCAGUUCCUCCAGAUUUCAGUUACCUCUCGGAGAGAAGCGUCAUCAGAUCCGUUGUUGACUUCCUCACCGAAGCGGGAAAGAAAGGUCCGGACUCUGUCCAUCCAGCCCUGGUUCAGACAGCGCUGACUGCGCUGGCUUCAGUCGGUGCGGGUUUCCAGUACCCGCCUGUGAACUGGACCUUCGUCCUGUCGCCCCUCAUGAGGCUUGGUUUCGGACAAGAUGUCCAGCAUCAAUGCGUCACACUUGCCGCCAGUCAGUGCCAGUCUUCCCAGAAUGCUUUGCUGUUCCUGGGCUCCUGGCUGUCACCGCCGCUUGUGCACAGUCUCGACUGUCGGACUCGGUCCCACCUCUAUGAGACUCUGGGUUUGUGGAUGAAGCACGUUCCUGAGGACAAGCUCCAGGUACACGUGGAGACUCUGGGCCUGCAGCAGUUCCAGGAUGACCUUCGACCCCAGCGGCUAGCUCUGUGCCGCUCUCUGCUGCAGGGCCUGGCUCAGGCCAUGGCCCUCCCCAACCCCCCCAAAACCUGCUGGUCCAUCCUCUCGUCCACCACAGAGAAGGUUUUCACCGUCCUGCCCAGCCAAAUCCAGGGCGAUGAAGUGGAUUUAUAUGUGGGAGUCGCCAAAUGUCUGUCUGAGAUGUCGGAUACGGAGAUCGACCGGAUUGUUCGAGUUACUGAGGCUCACAUAGAGAAGGCCGGCUUCGUUCUGGCCUAUCUCACCUCCCAAGGCAGAGUUCCCCUUCUCAGUCUCAAUGAUGUCAUCGCCGGCGUGCUUCGUGGUUGGCCGAGCCGCAGAGUGGGCUGGAUCCUCCUGCAGACUUUUUACCAGUGCCGGUUGGUCGCCGGCACCAACACGGGAGUUUCCAAACGAAUGGAAUGGCUCCUGGAACUCAUGGGACACAUCCGGAACGUUGCCUAUGGUGCAACGUCAGUCCAGUGCAGAGAUGCCAAACUGGCCACAGACUUCCUGUUCCAGGUUUUUGCUGCUGCUGUCGUUUCCUGGGGUGACCAUUCCAUGCCCCUCCUCCUCGGCGUCAGGGCCCAGUGGUUACCAUGGCAACCUGGCUCCAGGCCUCCAGCUCUGCAGCACAGUCUGUACGGCCAGGAAUCGGCCACGGAUGGCGCUCUGCCCCAGUGCCUGCUGGGAUUGCCCCGGAGCCUAGAUUCACUGCUCAACAAGGAGCCGUGGAAAGGCCAGUCGCAGAAGUUCAUCGACUGGCUGUUCGCUGUCACAGAAGCUCCUGAACACAAUCUGUCGUCGGCCGUCAUCGUCACAGCCAGAGCUUCCCUGUUGGCCCUGAACGCCUGGGAAGAAUUCAAGAAGAAAACUGUUUGGACCAGAACACACGGAUGGUAGCCCAGAACAGCUUCAGCACUCUGCAAACAGCUUUACUGCACGCUAGCGCCACCUGGCUGUGAAGUGACCGGAAUAUGGAACUCAAUAAUUUAUAUUCAUAACCGCCACAGAAAUGUUCGCAUGUCGUCAUUAAAGGUUCUGCUGGAAACAUUUGAUGCUUGUAGUUAGAUUGUUUGUUUCCCUCAUUUGAAUUCAGUUUCUUCUCAUAAAU